AUACCCACACUCUCUCUCUUCUUUCUCUCUCCUAAGCUUUGCUGUACUUUUUCCAUCUUCUUACCAAACAUAAGUUUGUUGCAACUUGUUCCAUUAAUCCUUACGCAAAAAACCCACUUUCCCCCUCCCCUGUCGGCACCUCCUAGACCACCCCCCCCCCCCCACCCUACCCCACCCCCUUCCAGAUCAAGCUAGUAGUCAAUCUAUUACUGAGCUCCACCGAGUCAAGAACCUAAACUCACUCAGUCACUCGCCAGUCCUUCAUCUUCAUCUUCUUCCUCUUUGUGCUGCUGUUGAGCUUCGAAUUAAUUAAUUGAAUUAAAGGCAUCCAUCCAUCCAGACAAGAAAGAGAGCAGCAAUGUUCGUCCAAGAUCGCGUCGACGAUGCCGCAAAACCCCAAAAUCAUCGCCAGUCAAGACCCAAAAUCCCUUCUUCUUCAACUCCCACCAAGAAUUUCGAUCUCGCCGCAUGGGCUUCCGACAACCUCUUCAAGAUUGUCACUAUUCUCCUCCUAAUUACCACCGUCGCCGCCCUCUUCUUCCUCCGCAACUACUCCACCGCCGGCGGCGACGCCGCCGCCCUCCUCUGCAUCCAGUCCACCCAGUCCCGCUCAAUCCAUCCCAAAUUCCCCAAAAUCAAUUGGAAUUCCAUCCCACGCACUCUCGACAAAUCCACCCCCUUCUCCUCCUUCCGAUCCGACAAAUGGAUCGUCGUUUCCGUCUCCAAUUACCCCUCAGAAUCCCUAAUUCGAAUCUCCAAAAUCAAGGGCUGGCAGCUCCUCGCCAUUGGGAAUUCCAACACUCCAAAGGACUGGAAAUUGAAAGGUGCAAUUUAUCUAUCAUUGGAAACGCAAGCUGAAUUAUCCUUUAGAGUCAUAAACUACUUGCCUUUCGAUUCAUAUGUUCGUAAAACAGUCGGAUAUCUAUUCGCCAUACAGCACGGCGCUCAGAAGAUCUACGACGUCGAUGAUCGCGGCGACAUAAUCGACAACAAUGUAGGUAAGUAUUUCGACGUAGAAUUGUUCGGCGAGGCCGCAAGACAAGAGGUCAUCUUACAAUACAGCCAUGAGAAUCCAAACAGGACUGUGGUCAAUCCUUACAUCCAUUUCGGGCAAAGAUCCGUUUGGCCGCGAGGUCUGCCAUUAGAAAAUGUCGGAAACAUCGCACAUGAGGAGUUCUACACGGAAGUAUUCGGCGGGAAGCAGUUCAUACAGCAGGGGAUAUCGAACGGCCUACCCGACGUUGAUUCGGUGUUUUAUUUCACUAGAAAAGCUCAGCUGGAAGCGUUCGACAUUCGGUUUGACGAUCAAGCGCCGAAAGUGGCGUUGCCUCAGGGCACGAUGGUGCCGGUGAAUUCGUUCAAUACGCUGUUUCAUUCGGCGGCGUUUUGGGGGCUAAUGCUUCCAGUUUCGGUUAGCACAAUGGCGUCGGAUAUCUUGAGGGGGUAUUGGGCGCAGAGGAUUUUGUGGGAGCUCGGCGGGUACGUCGUCGUGUACCCUCCGACUGUACAUCGGCCGGAUACGAUCGAAGGGUAUCCGUUUUCGGAGGAGAAGGAUCUCCACGUGAAUGUGGGUCGUUUGAUUAAUUUCUUGGUGUCGUGGAGAUCGAAUAAGCACCGGUUGUUCGAGAAAAUAUUGGAGUUGAGUUACGUGAUGGCCGAGGAGGGAUUUUGGACCGAAAAAGACGUGCAAUUUACGGCGGCUUGGCUGCAAGAUUUGCUUGCGGUCGGGUACCAGCAGCCGCGUUUGAUGUCGCUUGAAUUGGACCGGCCGAGAGCGAAUAUCGGGCAUGGGGAUAGGAAGGAGUUUGUGCCGCAGAAGUUACCGUCGGUGCAUCUCGGAGUCGAGGAGAUCGGGAAAGUGAAUUACGAGAUUGGGAAUUUGAUUACGUGGAGGAAGAGUUUCGGGAAUGUUGUGCUGAUUAUGUACUGCGCCGGACCUGUCGAGCGGACUGCGUUGGAGUGGCGAUUGUUGUACGGACGAAUAUUUAAGACGGUCAUUAUAUUGUCGUCAACCAAAAACGACGAUCUUGUCGUGGACGAAGCGCAGCUCGACUAUGUCUACAAGUACUUGCCGAAGUAUUUUGAAAGAUAUUCGAGCGCGGACGGGUUCUUGUUUCUUCAAGACGAUACGGUUCUUAACUAUUGGAACUUGCUCCACGCCGACAAGUCGAAGCUUUGGAUCACUAACAAGGUAUCGAAAUCUUGGACAACGAUGUCGACCACGGGAAGCGCCGAAUGGUUCACCAAGCAAGCGGACGUGGUGAAGAAAGUCGUCGGGACAAUGCCGGCUCACUUGCAAGUCAAUUACAAGGAGGGCGUAAAAGACGAGCAAAGCCUCGUCGUAUGCAACUCGGAGGUGUUCUACGUUCCUCGUCGAUUUGUGCAAGACUACGUCGAUCUCGUGGGUCUUGUGGGGGAUUUGGAUUUGCACCACAAGGUCGCAAUGCCGAUGUUCUUUCUAGCGAUGGAUUCGCCCCAGAAUUUCGACUCGGUGUUCAGCUCGAUGAAAUACAAGCAGAAGCCACAGGGGAAUUCGACGUCAUUUUAUUCUGCGGCGGCGCCGGCGGUGCACCCGUGGAAGGUGUCGAGUGAACAAGACUUCAUCAAGCUUGUAAGAAUCAUGGCUGCCGGAGAUCCCUUGUUGAUGGAGUUGGUCUGAUUUUGGGACAAGGAAAGAUUUACAGAACCUCAAAGAGGAGAGUUAGAAAAACAGUAAAACAUGGACCAGGAAGACAACCAUUUGAUAACAAAAAAAAAAAUGUACACUGCACAUUUCAGUUUGUAUUAUUCUUUAGGAAGGCCAUUCUUCCUUA